CUGCUCCUCGUCGCCGGAAGUUUUGCGUGUUGCUGGGGCGCCGCCACCUCACCGGCUGCACUGGCUUUUCCUGGCCAUUGUAAGCGCCCUCUGCAAAGUCAGGUCCGACGUUUGAAUUUAACGGUGAAUGUCGGGGCGCUGUACAUCACUGAGUAGCGAGCAGAGCGCUCCAGGCCUGGAAACGCGUUUUUUUUUUUUUUUCUUUUUCCGUACAGCAACAUGGCCGCUCCCAUCGACUCUUAGAAAAGGAGAAUUUUUUGUUUGCCACCCCCCUCCCCAACUUUGUCCUGAAAAGCUUGUCUUUCAGGAUCUCUGGGUUAGACGCGUGCUGUUUCAUGAAGACACUCACUAUUUGAGGAUUCAGUGUCUUCGUGACUUAUAGCUGUAGACCUACUGGCUAGAGCCAGGUGCCAAGCAGGAGGUUGUAUGGAGGCUCGAGAAACAGGAGGAUCUCAUUGGAAUUCCAGAAAUAAGGAAGAGAAUGUCUGUGGUGCAUGAGCUAUUACCAGGAUGGCUGCUGGAUCACCUCGCUUUCAUUAACAAGAUAAGCUAUGAACUUCACCAGCAUCAUGAGCCUUGCUGUAGUAAAAGCCAGCCUACUUCUGUUCACCUUGAUUCUCUUCACGUGGAUUCUGUGUCCUCUUUUGGAGCCUCUGCUACAUUUGUUGCUUCCACCAAUAAGCCAGAGAAUGAUGAUAGAGGAAAUUGUGAAAUGUUCGUACAGAAAUACGUAUUUCGAUCUGAACUGUUUGAUGUCAGCAAACCUUAUAUAACUUCAGCUAGUCACAAAGAGUACCAAGAAAGUAAUGAAAAGGAAGAUCUAGUAGAUGAUGUUAAGAAAGAAAUCUCCAUUUCUGUUAAUGGCAAGAAGAGAAAGAGAUGUGUUGCUUUCAAUCAAGGUGAACUGGAUGCUAUGGAAUACCACAGAAAGAUAAGGGGGCUGAUUUUGGAUGGAUCCUCACAGUUAAUCCAAGAAGGUCUCACAAGUGGCUUUCUUCAUUCAUGUUCUGAAAAACGGAACAAGUGCAGUGAGCCAAUUACUUUACCACUUGAUACCUGUAAUUUGUCAGAAUUGUGUGAAAUGGCAAAGCAUUUGCCUUCUCUGAAUGAAGUGGAACUUCAGACGUUACAGUUGAUGGAAGAUGAUGCCUCUGUUACAGAGCAGGAUUUAUUUUCACGGAUUGUUGAAAAUACUUCUAGCUUUACAAAAAUGAUUACUUUAAUGGGACAGAAAUACCUGCUGCCACCAAAAAGCAGAUUUCUUUUGUCUGACAUUUCUUGUAUGCACCCACUUCUGAACUGUAAAUAUAGUUAUUUAUCACCACUGCAGAUAAAGCAGAUACCUGUCCCUAAGCUGGCUGCUCCAAGCUGUCUCAUUGUUACAUGGGUAACAAAUAGACAGAAGCACCUGCGUUUUGUCAAGGAAGAGCUUUACCCAUCUUGGUCUGUGGAGGUAGUUGCUGAAUGGCACUGGGUAAAAAUCACCAGUUCAGGAGAGUUUGUGUUCCCAUUAGAUUCUCCACACAAAAAGCCUUAUGAAGGUCUUAUACUGGGAAGAGUUCGAGAAAAAGCUGCUUCACUGUUAAGGAAUGCCGAUGAGGAAGAGCUGCCCAUUCCAGACCACAAGUUAAUUGUCAGUGUGCCCUGCGCGCUGCAUUCACAUAAGCCACCUCUCGCUGAGGUUCUAAAAGACUAUAUCAAGCCAGAGGGAGAAUGUUUGGAAUUGUUUGCUCGAAAUUUACAGCCAGGUUGGACUAGUUGGGGCAAUGAAGUUCUCAAAUUUCAACACAUGGAUUAUUUUGUUGCUCUGAAGUCUAAAAGCUGACUAGGCUCUUAAAAUUGUGUUUUUCUUUGGUUUUUCCUUACUCCUCCUUUCAUUCGGAUUGGUGUUUCCCUUUUUUUUUUUUUACCAACCAAUAUGCUUAGAGAUGUAAACAGAACUUUGCUUUUCAGCAAAGUGACUAGAAGUGACUGACCGUCAUAUAAUUUCAAGAUGAAUUUUACUUCAGGUGCACUAGUAUUCCACAUUAUUCUGGACUCUACAAAUAAAAGAGGUAAGCAGUUUGAAAGAAGGCAAGACUUUGUUAUUGAAAAAGUUCAGAAAGCAUGCAUUAUGGACCUGAAGUCAUAAUUCUGCAUAUGGUUGUGUUUUGUUUAGCCCACAUGGUGUUGUAAAAAAAUUUUUGAACCAUAAGAGAAUUUCAGGAAAUCAGGAAAUUUCACAUACUAAGUCUUUAAUCAUCAGAAGCUCUGGCUAGACAGUCUGGCUGUGCAGUCUGUACUUUUUGCUGACAUCAGUCUGUGGGACCCAGUGAUGCCAACAUUUGGGAAGGGCCACGUACUGUCCAGGUUACUUCAGUAACCUUGCCCCAUGCCAAUCAGUUAUAUGUUUUACUUGACCCCUGUACAACCUGAAUUUAGAACUUCUUGUUUAGUGUUACAUUCUGGAAAACAUUCAAAGGCCUGUCAAGUAGCACAUCAUUGUACUGAGUUCAUGAGACUUUUUUUUGGAGGGUUUUAAAUUGCAUUCAUGGUCACUUUUCAAGUACUUUUUAGUUUUGCUUGUUCCUCUAAAAGGCAAAAAAAAAUUCUUACAAUGUUAGAGAGUAAACAUUGCUUGGACUUAAUUGAUAUUUAUAGACUAUUCCAUCUGAAAGCAGCAGAAUACGCAUUCUUCUUUAGUGCACUUGGAGCAUUCUGUAGGGUGGAUCACAUGCUGGGUCUCAAAACAAACCUCAGUAAAUUUUAAAAAGUUGAAAUCACAUCAAACAUAUUUUCCAACCACAAUACUAUGAGAUUAGAAAUCAGCUACAGGAAAAAGCUAGUAAAAACUCUAAAAACUGUGACAUGCUGAUGAAA